AUGGACAAUACCAAUCCAAUUACUGGAUGCAGAGGAGACAAACAUUCCAAAGAUAAACAUGAUCAACGCCCAGAAUAUACCAAACAUUCACAUCACACCAACUGGAGACCACGCGAGCAUCAAUAUCAACACACUCCAGAUUCAAGGGUCCUUUCUCCAGAUCAAACAAAGGGCAUAUCCACCAAUAUGCCUGAUAAAGAUAAGAGGGACAAUCAACCUACCUCAACAAUACACAUGGAUAAUGAUUCUUUAGAGAAGCGGGAAAGGAUCCCCCCCAAGAAAUUUAUGAUGGACUUCAGGUCUCCAGACCUAAGGAAAAAAAGAACAAUAAGAGAAACAGAAGAAGAAACAGAGUAUCAAGAGGAUCCCAUACAGCAAAAAAGGAAGAGAUAA